AUGCUUUACGACCUCAAUGUUCCCUGGUCGCCAAACCAGAACCCCCAAGAACUCCAACGAACCAUCUCCUUCCUCUCCGAACUAGGCUACAACACCCUCGCCCUGAACCACAUCCACUCAGGUCCCCUCCCGUCACAAAUAACCAACCCAAUACCCUCACCACAACCCUUCACCCUCCCACCAAAAACAACCCUCCUCAGACGCUGUACCUUAACACUCAUCGACCCAGCUCAAAACUACCGUCUCCCAGUCCUAGCCAGCACCUACGACAUCCUCGCCCUGCGCCCUACAAACGAGAAAGCCUACCUCGCAGCAUGUAUAUCACUCAGCGAGCACUCCCUCAUCUCGCUCGACCUCACACAACGAUUCCCGUUCCACUGGAAACCUAAACCUCUCAUGACGGCCAUAAACCGCGGGAUCAGGAUUGAGAUCUGCUAUGGGCAAGCAACAGGCGAGGAGAGCAACGCGCGGAGGAACUUCAUAAGUAACACGAUGGCUAUUGUGCGUGCUACGAAGGGCAGGGGCUUGGUGAUUAGCAGUGAAGCGAAGAGUGUGCUGGGGAUCAGAGCCCCGGCCGAUGUCUUGAAUCUGCUGGGGGUUUGGGGAUUAGCGAAGGAUAGAGGACUGGAGAGUAUGGGUGUUAAUCCGCGGGGAGUGGUGAUCAAUGAGGGAUUGAAGAGGAGUAGUUUUAGAGGUGUGAUUGAUGUGAUUGAUGGUGGCGAAAGCGAGGUUGUGAAACCGAAGCCGAAAGAGACCGGGUUAGGGAAGAAGGGAAAGAGGAAACAGGAGGAGACGAGUGCUGUUACACCAACCGUCAGCAAACGAGCAGCGAAGAGAGCCAAAUUGCUACUGCAAUCGAAAGAGGCGUCUUCAGGAAGUGAGGCUCAAGGAGAAGCAAGCUCGCAAGCUGCCUCCACUGAACCAGAGUCCAGAACACCCAGUAUAUUACCAAUACAAGCGAAAAGCUAA